AUGGUCAUGGCGGGCGCGAGUGGCAGCACGCGAUGGCUGCGGCAGGUCAUCUUCUGCGCCUGUGGCACGACCUUGGUCCUCAUGCUGCUGCUUAUGAUCUCGAUCAUCAUCAUUCCGUAUGACUUGGAUACUGUGGCCGAAUCCAUGAUUGGCGACGAUGUCGUCGACCACCGUCUAGAAGAGGCCACCGAGCACGUCCGUGACCUUCAAAUCCAGCGUGCCCGCGCGCUGGCAGAGCAACACCGCUUGAGCAAUACUGCGCAUCCUGACCACUCAGAACCCAACCGGAUGGCACUACCCAAGCUCCGCGAGGAACGCCAAGUAAAACGCGUGUCUCCAGAGCAAGCCGCUCUCAUGGAUCAAAUCCUCAAUCCCAACGUCAUGACCACCAAAAAUUUGGCCCUAUGCAACUUGUCACAAUCUCAAGCUGGGACCCCGGCCGACAACACUGCGCAAGCCGCACGUGAACUGGCCGCGCUCGAAGACGAAUGGCAAAAGUUUGCGGCAAGCUAUGACACGCUUUUACGCGAUGUCAAAUACUGUGUGGCCCAGUGCGGGCAGAACCGCUGCUGCCCCGAUGAUCAAGGCUUUCGCUAUGGUGCCGACAACGAUUGGUUCGUGGUGGCCAAGGAUGACCUGGCAGGCAUGGCAGACGACCGUGGCUAUGACGAUAUCACGCUCGUGACACAAGCGACCUUUGACCGCCUCGAUGUCUUUGGCAUGCUGGCCAAUGCCUGGCCUGGGCCAAAGGUGGCGGUCUUUGCCGUGUUUGACUUUGAUGAGGCGAGUCACGCCAAGGCUCAGGUUCAAAUUGAGGCCAUCAUCCGCACUGCGCGAGAUUGGACAAACGUCAAGAUCCUCGUCUACCCCGUUACGACCAAGGACGACUACUACACUGAUCGCUAUCGCCGCCACGACCCUGCUUCAGAGCCCCAGCUGCCCAUCAAUGUGUUUCGAAAUCUGGCUGUGGACCAUGCACGCACCAACUUUGUCUUCACCUGCGACAUGGAUUUUGUUCCCUCCUCCACGCUCUAUCCCAAGCUGCGCCAAUUUUUGCUGCCGGCCAUGGCCACGCUCGACCGCGCCGCCUUUGUCGUUCCCCAUUGGGAAGCUUUGGAGUGCGACAGCACCGUUCGCAUCCCUCGUGACUUUGAAAAGCUGCGCGAGUACGCGGCGCAGGGCAUUGUGCGCCCCUUUCACGUGACCGCCCGCCGCAUCAUGCCGCUGAUCAAGGAGAUCCGUCCUGCGCCGGCUCGCUGCGACGCGCCUUCGGCUGUCUGGUCCUUUGGCGUACAAACAACAAACUACAACAAGUGGUUUCAAGAGUCGCGUGACAUGAUGGAAGGCUUUUUCCCGCUCGAGGUCCAGGGCCCUCUGGAGGACAAAUACUGGGAACCGUUUGUUAUUGUCAAGCGCGUCGACGCGUCGGGUGCCCGCCUGCCACGUUACCACGAGCAAUACGUGGGGCGCUACAAGAACAAGAUUUCUUUCAUCACGACGCUGCGUGGGCACCACUACCGCUUCUACACCCUCCGCCGCGAGUUUCUGACACACGUUCCUCACCCCACUGCCAACGCAUCUGCACCAGCUAUGCAUGAGCAUCUAUUGACCAUGCGCAAAGUUCAUGCCGCCGACCGGCAAACCCUGCAUGACACGGCCUGGACCAGUCCGGUCAAGCCCAAGCUACAUGCAAGUCCCUUUGAUGGGGGCAUCCAUUGCCUGGCCACCCAGCCGUCGCAACCAGCAGCGGCGGUGGAGCAAGACCCAGCACUGCAGUUGGAAGCCGAAGCAAACGCCCGAUAG